GAGGAGUACACGUGCCUGUGGCAGGACUGUGGUUUCUGCUCCCCGGCGAGCUCGGCCGAGCUGGUGCGCCACGUUUACUUCCACUGCUACCACACCAAGCUGAAGCAGUGGGGGCUGAGGGCCCUGCAGGGCCAGGCAGAGCUCAGCCACUGCCAGCUGGACUUCCAGAGCCACAACAUCAUCCCCGAGAUCCAGGAGAGCUUCCUGUGCCUCUGGGAGUACUGCGAGAGACUGCAAGUGCAGCUUCAAGGGCCGCUGCAAGCUGCGGGAGCACCUGCGCAGCCACACGCAGGAGAAGGUGGUGGCCUGUCCCACCUGCGGGGGCAUGUUUGCCAACAACACCAAGUUCUUCGACCACAUCCGCCGCCAGACCGCCCUGGAGCAGCAGAGGUUUCAGUGCUCCCACUGCUCCAAGAGGUUCGCCACCGAGAGGCUGCUCCGCGACCACAUGAGGAACCACGUGAACCACUACAAGUGCCCCCUGUGUGACAUGACCUGCCCGCUGCCCUCCUCGCUGCGCAACCACAUCCGCUUCCGCCACAGCGAGGAGCGCCCCUUCAAGUGUGACUACUGUGACUACAGCUGCAAGAACCUCAUUGACCUGCGGAAGCACCUGGACACGCACAGCAAGGAGCCGGCGUAUCGCUGCGAGUUCGAGGCCUGCAGCUUCUCUGCUCGCUCCCUCUGCUCCAUCAAACUGCACUACAGGAAGGUCCACGAGGGUGACUCCGAGCCCAGGUACAAGUGCCACGUGUGUGACAAGUGCUUCACACGGGGGAACAACCUCACUGUGCACCUCAGGAAGAAGCACCAGUUCAAAUGGCCCUCAGGACAUCCUCGCUUCAGGUACAGGGAGCACGAGGACGGCUACAUGAGGCUGCAGCUGGUGCGCUACGAGAGUGUGGAGCUCACAGAGCAGCUGCUCAAGGACAGGGAGAAGCGUGGGGAGGCUCUGGAUGGCUCCAGCGAGUGCAUGGUGCUGCCUGAGGGCGAGGGCAGCCUGCAGGGCAUCCUUCUGGAGCCUCCAGCAAACCCUGCCCCGGCAGAGAACAGCACAUCAGAGCUGCCUGUGCCCCCUGCCCUGUGCUCUGCUCCCAGCCCUGAGCCAGCACGGCCCAGCCCCUUCCCAGCAACUGCCUCCUCCUCCUCCUCCUCCUCCUCAGAGCAAGGAGCCAGCAGCAGCAGCAGCCCCAUCAUCCGUGUGGUGAGCAGGACCAACGAGCAGGGCCAGAGUGAGACUGUCUAUUACGUGCUGGCCAGCACAGCCUCGGAGCAGCAGGGCCCAGCAGCCCUGGAGCUGGAGGAGAACGUCAUGGACAGGCUGCAGAAAACAGCUGAGGAGCUGGGCAUCCACAUCCUGUGAGGGGCUGCUGGGCAUCAUCCACAUCCUCUGAGGGGCUGCUGGGCAUC